UCGCACGAAUGUAAACAAUCGAACUUGCUGGCAGCAGGCAAAGAUGUCCACUCUGGACGCAAAUCUGGAGCCAAAAUCUUCGCUCUAUGACUCCAAAGUGUGCCGGUUGUGCGGUGAAAGGAACGACAAUGGACGCCCGCUAUUUCGCGACUGUGACGCGAACGGUGAGUGUGAAGUGAGCAAGCUGAUUAACCAGUACCUGCCGGUGAAGGUCCACAAUGACGGCGUUUUACCGCGCUGGAUCUGUCCCGGGUGUCACAUUCAGCUCGAAUCGACGGCACAGUUCUUCGAGAUGAUCCUGAAGGGACAGCGAACGAUCGAGUCGGCAAGGGCGAAGGAGGAGCAAUCGGUAGCGGCGACCCGUGCGAUGAGCGUGCGAACGGACGACGCCAGUCAGCUGUCCGAUAUUAUGGAUCCGGAGAAGUGGAACGAGCUGUUCGAGAAGCCGGGUAUGACGGAUAAGGAGGGCCUGCUCGUGCCACUGGAACUGUUCGAGCUGGAAGAUUUGUUCAAACCACUCGAAACGGCCCCGAAGCCGCCCGUACCUACGCUGCCGGAGGAACCGCCGGCGCCCGAGCAGGUGGAAAGCGUAACCGUAGUACCUGUACCACAACCGCCGGCCACCGGCGAAACCGGUGACGAGCGAGACCGAACCGAAGCGAAAGAUUGGAUCGUCAAGUCGGAAGUGACGGCUAGCAGUAGCACUGGCCGGGGCCAGGUGAUCGGUUUCGUGCACCACAACCACAGCAAAACGGACAUCGGCAACCUCGUGCUGGUGGAGGACGCUACGGGGAAGAAAAAGAUCAGCGCCAAGUUUGUGUGCGACAUUUGCAGCGAAAGCUUUGCCCGCGAACCGCGCUACCUGAAGCACCGGAAAACGCACGCCAUCCUGUUCGAAUGUUCCGUCUGCUUGCUCAAGUUCGGCUCGAACGGGAAGCUGCUCGUCCACCAGCAGCAAACGCUGCACAUCGGCAAGGGUAUGGUGGAGGGUGUGCAGCUGCCGGACGAAGCGGCCGGCGGUAAGCGAAGGGGCGAAGCUGCAGCGAAGGAAGCGGAGGCUAGCGAGCACCAAAGCGAAGUACCAGCGCAGGGCGGCGAUAAUGUGUACGCGUGCGAUAGUUGUGAUAAUACGUUCGCCGGGUUGAACAGCGUCCUGCAGCACGAGGAAUCGGUGCACGCGCACGAAAACCACUCGUUCGUGUGCAUCGAGUGUGGGAAAGCGUUCCGCGAGAAGAACCUGCUGCACCGGCACCGGCAAACGCACGUGCAGGACCGGCUGCACCGGUGCACGGUGUGCGAGGCGGCGUUCAAAACGCGCUCCACCCUCACCAAGCACGCCCGGUCGCACGAGGGCACCAAGCGGUACCGGUGCACGAUCUGCGACCAGCAGUUCGCGUACAAGUCCGGCUACGACAAGCAUCUCGAUUGGCACAACGGUGUCAAGCCGUUCGAGUGCGAGCACUGCUCGAAGCGCUUCUCCCAGCGCGGCAACCUGAAGGAGCACCAGCGGGUCCACUCGGGCGACAAACCGUUCCAGUGUGGCGUGUGUGAGGCCCGGUUCGGGACGAGCUCGCAGCACCGGGCGCACGUCAAGCGGCACGAAAAUGUGCGCCCGUACGAGUGUGACAUGUGCGAGAAGACGUUCGUGGUGCGGGAAAACUACAACACGCAUCUGCGCCGGCACCGCAACGAGAAACCGUUCGCUUGCGAUAACUGUCCACGCUCGUUCGUGGAGCGGUGGGCGCUGACGAAGCACGUGAGAACGCACACGCAGGAGAAGCCGUACAGCUGCAAGCACUGUGGGAAAUCGUUCGCCGAUCCAUCGAACCUUUCCCGCCACGUGGGGUCGGUGCACGAGAAGAAGGUGAAGGAAGGCGGGGAGGAGGCGAAGUCCGGUGGUCCAGCAGCAGCGGUGCCGGCUGAGCAUGGGGCCGACGGGGGAUUGCUGCUGUACGAUAUGGCGCUGCGGGAUGGUGGGCCGAGCGGUAUCGAUGCGCUGACCGAGGACGGAAUGAUUUCGCUGGAUGAUGCUGUGAUCUACAUGGAGGACCACUAAGGGUGAGCCAAGGUAGGGGCGCAAUUUGAUUUUUGGUUCGAUUCGAAGGUGCUACUACAGGUUAGUAGAAUUAGUAUUAUUUUACUUGCUUUUUAGAGGAGUGAAGGGUUUCAAUCACCAAUUUGAAAAUGAAUUCACUGUAAAGGGGAAAUUGUCUCACUUUUUAUACCUAAAUUAAUUAAUAAAUGAUGUUGGUGGAACAGGGUUGCACAAAGAAGGUGGGUACAAUGUAGAAGGUGAUUAGGGCAACAAGUUUGCUUUUCAGAGCAGUGAUCCAUCGUAUUCGUAUUGAGCUGUAGUGAAAAUGAAUUCCAUGAUAAAUGAAAUUAUUAAAUCUACCAAGAGAGAAAACACGUUUUAGGUCGGUAAUGAAUUAAAAAUUGAAAAAGA